UUUAUUUACAUUGCACAUCGCUGCAAUCGUUUAUCAAUCCGAAUCUGAACCCACCAAAAUGUCCCUAUUUCCGGCGUAUUCCGCCACCACUUCCAGUAGCAUCGAAGCCCCUCAACCGCCAGCCCCGCAAGAGAACCUGUCCUGGCUAACGAACCAGAGCUUCAUUCCGUUCCCCAGCCAACCGCAGCAGGAUGCCUCCAGCGAUUCCUCCGGUCCGGAGGACCACAAACCUCGACCCUCGUCAUCACGCAAGCACAAACACAAGAAAGCCAAGAAGAAACACCGCAAACGGAAACGCAGCAGCAGCUCAUCCUCACCGGAAGUCGUCGUGGAACCGGUCCCAGCGGUGAACAUCUCCGAGCAGGAGUUUUACACGGACGUGGCUGCGCUGCGCAUAUACCUGACGGUGGAGACGCUGCACCGGCCGGCCUGUCCCAAGUAUCGACGGGGGUCGUUCCGGGUGUUGGGAGGUGGUGCGGUGGCGAAACCGGUGCCAAGUCAGCGACGGGGGAGUGUGCGGUACUUUAGAAGGGAGAAGAAGGAGUUGAACGGGGGUGGUAGUGUGGGUGCGGAAGGGUUGGGUGAGCGGGGUGUUAGGGAGAGGGAGAUGGAGUUGGAGAAGGCGGCACGGGCGGAUGAGAGUUCCGGGGGGUGGAUUGAGUAUUUGAGGUUUCGGGAGGAACAUCCGGUGCACUUGGAUGGCUAUCAGAACAGUAAGGGGGAGCUGGCGAUUGUGGAGCGGGGGUUGAGGGAACAUCCGGACGAUCCGAAGCUGUUGGAGCUUUAUUUGAGCGGGAUCGUGAAGGUUUAUCCGACGGAUGAGGUGUUGGAGUUGAUUCAGAAGAUGAUCGCGAAGGAUAAUACGAACUUUCUGCUGUGGGAAGCGUUGAUCGACAAUAAGCAGCUGUCGAUGGCGCAGUGUAUCGUGCCGAACGUGCUGAAACUGUACGAGAAGAGCGUGCGAUCGCUGUUUAUGGCGAAACGAAGCGACGAGGUGAUGCUGAAGUUGUUCAAGAAGUGUGCGCUGUUCUGCCGGCAGGCCGGCCUUUGGGAGAUGUUCUUUGGGCUGGUCGAGCUGAACAUCGGGAUGAACAUUAGUUCGAGUUUUGCGGGUGGGAAGUCGUUGUUCAGCUCGCCGGAACAUUUCAACCAGCUGAUCGAGUAUGAGGAGUUGGUGUUGAAGUCGGGACUUCCCAUGAACGAGAUCUGGUUGAGGGUUGAAAAGCUGCGGAACGCGUUUCACUUUUUGCCCUUUCGAGGGCCGAACAUGUGCAGUGAUCCGCAGCGGAUGGUUCUGCACGAGGACAUUGUCGGGUUCGUGUAUCCGCUGAUCAACAAGGAUUACGCGUUCGAUUUGGUGAUCUUGAUCUUAAAGCUUAUGAAGUACCCGUUUGAAAGUGUUGCUUUUGAGAGUUGCGGAUCGUUCUUCCAGCCGGAGAGCUACGAAGAGGAUCAUUCCGAGCAACUCUUGCCACUGUUUCUGGAUGUAACGAGGAAUCGAAAGCACGAUCAGAUCAUCCUGAAUCUGAUCAAGGAACUCAACACGCCGCCGUCCUUCGUGAACACCAACCUUGCUUUCGAGUCCUACCUGGAGCUGCUGCGACAAGUCCUCAUCGCCAGCGCUGAAUACUUUUCCGACGAGAAGAACAUCAUCCUGUUGCUGCUCUACCUCAAGCUCGAGCGGAUCCUGGUCGUGUUCGAUCGCAUCUCCGGACACCUCACGGAACCACGCAAGAAAGCCACCCGAAGCCGCGUCAAGAACCUGCUCAAAAAGAGCAAGUACCAGAACGAUCUCAACUUCUACAUCGAGUACGGCUUGAUCGAGUACGAAAUGGACGGCCUGGAGUCGAACUGCCUAAAUAUUUUCGACACCUCCGUGCGCGUGUUCUGCGCCCAGGACGACCUGCUCGCCGACAACGAUCUCUACUCACUCGUGCUCAAAUCAGUCGAACUUCUUCUCAAGGAAAACCGCAAAUCCCAAGCGAUCUACCUCCUCACCAAACUCGCCCUCAACCCCAAACAGAUCAACUUCACCUGCUCCGACGCCAUCUCCGACCCCACCAAACUCCUAGCCCUGCAAAAGUUCAACGAUCGCGUGACCCGCGCCCUCCCCGUCGACGACCAGGUCGAAAUCCUCCUCCUGCCGCAAUACUUCACCCACUCCCCCCUGAUCAACACCCUCAAAGCCUACCUCUACUACCACGCGCUCGUCAAGUCCAAAGCCGAAACCACCCGCAAGCUCGAGGGUUUCCUCUUCCACUUCAACGAUCGCUCCAACCCCCGCCAAACCUUCAUCCGCGAGCAACUCUUCACCAUCUUCCUCACCAUCGCGGACUUCCGCCUCGACGAGUUCACCAACACCUGCUUCCUCGCGAUCGUCGAUCGCGUCCUGCACGAAUUCCCCGCCAACCUGACCGCGAUCCGUCUCUGCGCCUUCUCCGAGUCCCUCACCUGGUUCCAGCUGCGAACCAUCCUCGGCAAACAUCUCACCACCAAGUCCGUCCUGCUCCUAGUCACCACCGCACGCGUCCGCAGCCUCUACUCAACCCAAGAAGACCAACAGUCCGCGGGCACCUACAAGCGACGCACGCUCAACCUGCUCGCCCACACCCUCCGUCGCGACUCGCCCCUCCGGCAAAACGCCCUCCUCUGGCGACUCUACCUCCGAGAGCUGUUCGAUCAACCCGCCGGAAACGCGCUGGAGCAGUGCAGGAAGACGCUGUACCUGGCGCUCGAGGCGUGCCCCUUCAACAAGGCCGUCUAUCUGGACGGGGCGUUCUUUGCGCCGCAGGAGCUGUCCCAGCUGCUGGAUUUGCUGCUGGAGAAGCAGCUGCGGAUUCACGCGAUUCCGGAGGAGCUGGAGAUAUUAAGGGAUGAGACGGGGGUGGAGGAGGGUAGUUUAAGUUGAA